GCAUAAGGGUAACGUGAGGCCCAAACAUGGCGGCCACUUCGCGCUCGGGAAUGCUAGAAAUUUUCACCAAAGAUGGAUGGAAACGAGUGUUGGCUACACUUGAUGACGAUGUUUUGACUCUGAAUGUGGAAGAUAACCCUGUAGUUAAUGGCCAGCCGCCUUCACCGAGCUCCCCUCCCCGUUCACCAGAAGCAAACGACCAUGUAGAACCACCGCAAACCAUAGCGGAUCAAAUCCGAACUGUGCGAGUCAUAAAGCAAGAAGUCGGCGGCUUAGGAAUUAGUAUCAAAGGUGGCAAGGAAAACAAGAUGCCUAUACUUAUUUCGAAGAUUUUCAAAGGAUUAGCUGCGGAUCAAACGGAAAGUUUAUACAUAGGAGACGCGAUUUUGGCGGUAAAUGGAGAAGACCUCCGAAAUGCUACCCACGACGAAGCUGUAAGGGCGCUGAAACGUGCAGGGAAGGAGGUCGAUUUGACUGUGAAAUAUGUGAAAGAAGUUACACCUUACUUUCAUCGUACGGCGGAACUGAACGCUAAUGCUGUUGCAAAUGCGAGCGUGAACGGCGAAGGACAAGCAGCUCCGGAAAACAAACCAAAUUGUGUCGAAGUAAAGAAAAUUCCUCUCAAGCUAUGCUUCGUCACAAAGUAUGUUUCGCCCAAGAUAGAAAAUCACGGUAGAACUUUCGAACUUUACAAUCCGGACGCCAGAUCUGCCUGCAUUCUGCGAGGGAAAGACACCUCGUCGGCGAGUCAAUGGUUCACGGACAUCCACACAAAUAUAACACGGCUCAUUGCACCAGCCAUUGAGGAAGUGAAUGACAUGCUCAGUUCCAAUGCAGGAUAUCGUGAAGUCCGAGCUAUGGGUUGGCUUAGUGAACAAGUUCAUCUUGGUGGCGAUAGCUCCCACACAGAAUGGAAGCCUGUGUUUGUUGCUUUAACAGAAAAAGACAUGUUGUUGUAUAUGGCUGCUCCUUGGUCACGUGAGGAUUGGAGUGCACCAGUUAUGAGCCAUCCACUCUUAGCUACAAGACUUGUUCAUUCAGGACAAGGUAGUAACCACAUUCAAAAUGAAGAAAUGACAUUCGGAACACGAACUGGAACUAGAAAAGGAGUAGAGGCACACAUGUUUAGAGUGGAAACACCAAGAGAAUUGGCAAACUGGUCACGGAGCCUGGUUCAAGGAUCUCAUGAUGCUGCAGCCUUGAUCAAAGAAAUAAACUGUGCUGUGACUUGGAGAGAUCAAGAGGCACGUUUAACUGUGCACUUUGAAAAUGGGUUCACCCUCACACAUGCACGUGUUAAUGAGGGCAAUGAUCGGUCUCAGGUCUUAUGGUAUUUUCCAUUUGAGAAGCUAAAGCGCUCAGCAGAUGAUGGACAGAGAAUGUUGUGGCUAGAGUUUGGAGCAGAUGAGUCUGAUCAGGAGUUAGAUUUAGAACUUGAUCUGCAUGGCUGUCCAAAACCUGUGGUUUUCGUUAUGCACACCUUCCUUUCAGCAAAAACAACUCGCCUUGGACUUUUUGCUUGAGUUGUGUGGUAUGGGAUAUAAACUUUACACUUCUCUACUUGAUGGUUCAGUUGAUCCUGUGGUUCUGGAGUAGUGGCUUUCCAUUACAAUCCACUACUCUUUUGUAGUAAUGUUAUUGUUAUAUGCCACAUUGCAUUCCCCACUUUUGCAAGAUGUAUCUGCAGAAUAUAAGUACCAUGGUCAGAUCUCAUAAUUUAGGGAUUUGUAUCAACCCUUUCACUCCCAGGAGAGACCAAGACUUUAUUUCUCCUUACAGUAUCAGCACAAUAUCAAGCAGCCAAGUGAUGAGAAAAUAUAAAAAUAUCAAGUAGGGGAUUAUCAUUUGAUCCAACACUAAAUUCUCAGAACAAACUUAAUGAGAAAUGUAUGGCAGAUAGUGAGGAGAAUUUUUAUUGACAUAUUGGGUGUGAAAGGGUUAAAAUAGUAAUAACUUUUAAACUAUAGCUGUUUAUCUUUUAGUUUUGUAUGGUUUAUUUAAUAAUUGGAAAAACAUGCCAUUUUCAGCUGUUACCUUUAAGUAAAUUUGAUUUUGUGUGAAAAAAGAUGUUGUCUUCAUUGAGCUUCAUGAGAGUGGUAUGUUUUUUUUAUGUCCUUUAGACUAAAUCAGUGUUCUGCUGCAGUUCUUGUUGGCUUCAAGAUAUUACCUUGAGCUUGAUUAAUUUUAUUGCUAUUGUAUUCAUCAGUCUUUGGGGAAGUAUAAAUUUUUGCUCAAAUUUUUAAUUACUGGGUCCACUUUGAGCUAGUGAAACUGCAGUAUUUUUUAAAGGCUAUAGAAAUAUUAAUAACAUUGACUGUUUUUUAGUACUGUUGUAUCCAAAGAUAAUGCGAAUUGCUAAACUUAGGCUAACUCACUCUCAUUAAGUUCUAAAGUGUAAUCUGGAACAAGUACAAAAAUGGCUAUUUGAGAACAUCAAUAAUUACUCUUGGAAUUUUUCUGUAUUAAGCUGUGGUACUGUGGGGUGGUGUCUUUUCUGAGAGUGAUCAAUUGGAGGUAUUUCUCCUUAAUGAUUUCCACAGUUUUCUGAAGGUAUAGGAAUAUAUUGAGAUGAUAUUUUUAUCGUGUUGCUGUGCUUGUAGCUUCAUUUAGUUGUAAGUGAUUAAUAAUGUAGAUUGUAGGUUUUAGGGUUUUUUCUUUGAAAUUAUUGAUGAUUCAAAAUGUAUCAUUUAUCUGAGGAAUAGUUUGGUUUCUUUCAUUAUUGAUGAAGAUAUUUUUAAGAACAGUGGACCCUUUGGAUGGAAAGGUGGUUAGUGCAUUGUAGGCUUUUUUGCUGCAAUUAGUUGAUAAUAGAGGAUUUUUGAAUGAAAUUAUAACAAAUGUAUCUUAAAUUUUCUGUGGGCAUGGGGAGAUUUGUUGUAUCAUUUGCCCCUAUUAACAUAUUAACAUAUUGUCUUGUAGAAUGAUUACUGGUAUUUACCUGUAACUGAUUUUUUAAAAGAACACUAAAAUAGUAAUUGUGAAAAUUAAUUUUCAGCUGACUUACUCUGUACUAUCUUGGGAUAAAAUGUAGUAUUGAAGUAUUUUUCAAGCUUUCUCUUAGAUGUGAUUUUAUGCUUGAGUUAAUUAAUUGUAAAAUGGAAAUAACAAAUAGUUUGCCCUUGUUGGUAACAUGAUUGGCUUUCUGCCAAUAAGAUAAUGUGUUCCAUAUUUGUAUUUAGAUUUGAACUGCCAGUAGUGCUGAGGUACAUGUAGUAUCCAAGAUAAUUAUUAUUAUAGUUUUUAAUGUCAUGGUAACUAUUUCAUUUCCAAAUUCUGUGACAUACUGAAACUAAAGCAUUCCUAUUUUAGAACAGAGUUCUUUACAUAUUCUGAACAUGCCAAUUACCCAAGGACUGCAAUAUCCUCUGUGAUGGUGUCAAUGAAAGUGUAAUAUUUUGUAGUCAGUCAUAAACCCUUUACACUCUUACAUCAGUAUCCAUGAUCUCCUUACUCUUCUCUACACAUUUCCUUUGUUCAAAAGGAGAAUUUGUUUAACAAUCAAAGGUUAUAUUGGCAAUCAUUUGCGUUACUCAUGAUCUUAAUAGAUGAUUCAGGGAUGAUACUGUAAGGAGAAAUAAGAUGCUGGUCACUUAGGGUUUAAAGGUGUAACUCAUUGACUAUUUUGUUUCUAAUUAUGCACUCUGACUCUUUACAUACCUAGUGCCAUAUUCAUUAAUUGUCAGAAACACAUCAAUUAAAGUAU